CCUGAGUUCAACUUUCGUGCUAUAAAAUUCAGUGUAGAUUUAAUGAAACCUCAACAGUGACUUUGUGACAGUUCACAAAACACUUUCAAUAUUUCAAAAUGUCUAUAUUCGGAAUUUUAAUUUGCUUUGUUGUUCCAUUUAGUCAUGUAAAGACAUUUACUUUAAACAAUGAGCUUGGCAGAAUUGGCGGUGGAUUCAAUGCUGGAAAAUUGGCACCAAAAUGUUAUGUAUCACUUUACAUAACUUUCCCAAAUAGUGACACAUACCGACAAUGCGGUGGAUGCUUGAUCGCUAAGAACAAGGUUUUGACUGCAGCAAGCUGUGUAACUACACCUGAAGACGGCAAAGCUUCACGCAUUAAGUUUUCAUUUGGAAAAACAACAAAUAAAAACGGGCAGCGUGGAAUUGGAAUUAGGAAGAUUGCAUUGGCACCAGGAUACAAUUAUAAGAAAAGGAAUUCUACAAAUGAUUUAGCCGUUGUGACACUCAACAAAACAAUUACUCUGAAUGCAUUAAUUCAAACAUCCCAACCUUAUACUGAUGCAACACUUAAUUCAUUAGUUGGACAAAACUUGCUCGUUUGUGGUUUUGGCGAAACCAAUAAUUCUGGAAAGAAGUCAAAUGCCAUGAAAUGUACUUACUUAAACUCGGUACCUGCAUCUAAUUGUAAUUCUGCGUUUACAACUGCUGCAAGAUUCAAACGACAAGUAUCAACAGAUGCACCAACUACUAUUACGGAUGCACCAACCACUCCAACAGAUGCACCAACCACUCCAACAGAUGCACCAACUACACUUACGGAUGCAGCAACCACUCCUACAGAUCCAGUAACAACGCCCAUCCCUACAACUGUAGUCACUGAUCCAGCAUCAACGCCCAUCUCUACAACUGUGGUUACUGAUCCUGUAACAACGCCCAUCUCUACAACUGUGGUUACUGAUCCAGCAUCAACGCCCAUCUCUACAACUGUGGUUACUGAUCCUGUAACAACGCCCAUCUCUACAACUGUGGUUACUGAUCCAGUAACAACGCCCAUCUCUACAACUGUGGUUACUGAUCCUGUAACAACGCCCAUCUCUACAACUGUGGUCACUGAUCCUGUAACAACGCCCAUCUCUACAACUGUGGUUACUGAUCCAGUAACAACGCCCAUCUCUACAACUGUGGUCACUGAUCCAGUAACAACGCCCAUCUCUACAACUUUGGUCACUGAUCCAGUAACAACGCCCAUCUCUACAACUGUGGUCAGUAAUCCAGGUACAACGCCCAUCUCUACAACUGUGGUCACUGAUCCGGUAACAACGCCCAUCUCUACAACUGUGGUCACUGAUCCUGUAACAACGCCCAUCUCUACAACUGUGGUUACUGAUCCAGUAACAACGCCCAUCUCUACAACUGUGGUUACUGAUCCGGUAACAACGCCCAUCUCUACAACUGUGGUCACUGAUCCUGUAACAACGCCCAUCUCUACAACUGUGGUUACUGAUCCAGUAACAACGCCCAUCUCUACAACUGUGGUCACUGAUCCUGUAACAACGCCCAUCUCUACAACUGUGGUUACUGAUCCUGUAACAACGCCCAUCUCUACAACUGUGGUCAGUAAUCCAGGUACAACGCCCAUCUCUACAACUGUGGUUACUGAUCCUGUAACAACGCCCAUCUCUACAACUGUGGUCACUACUCCGAACCCAACAACUCCUUUAGUAACUUCAGACACGACUACUACUACAACUCAAGCACCAACUACUAUCACCACAGUCUUUACAGGAACAACAACAGCCAAACCGGGUCCAAUCAUAUGCACCCAAAAUGUAGGAACUAAUAAUGUAUGUCAUGGAGAUGAAGGAUCACCAGUUUUUGUUCAAAUUGGAGGAUCUUGGCAACUGGUUGGUAUUGUAUCAAAUUUCCCAGAUGCCAAAACAGUAAAAGGAUGCUUGGACAGUCAUUCAGUCCAAAUUACACAAGUUGGUGGAUUUACUAGCUUCAUAACAUCAGCUUAG